GCACUAAAAAGGCGAAUGACAAGCUAAAAUGUAAUUUCACCCUUUAUUUUUACAGAUCGAAUGAAAUCAAUCCAUGAAAUUGGAAAUGAAAGCAUCAAGAGUGGAGGAGCAACCUGCAUUUGGCUUAUGAAUAAAUUGAUCGUUAUGAUGGCCGACCCGGUUGACGCCGAUUUCGUACUCAAAACGUUCUUGAGCAAAGACGAUGCUGUCGAUGUGACCCGUAAUCUAAUCGGAUAUGGCAGUCUUUUUGCACCAGUAUCAAUAUGGCGUCCCAGGCGGAAAAUCCUCGUUCCUCACUUCAACUUCAAAAGGCUAAUAGAAUUCGUGAUCGUCCACUCCAGACUGAGCUGGGUGAUGGUGGAGAAACUGAAGCCCAACGUUGGGACUGGUGCCUUCUCUCUGUGGGACUACAUUACUAACUAUACUAUGGAUGCUAUUGGUGAAAUUGUCUUCGGCAUAAACUUGGAUGCCCAGAAAAACAGCAACCACCCUUUCCCGAAGGCCUUCGAGGAGCACAGCGCAUUUCAAGGAGCCAGAGUCCUUCAGCCGUGGCUUCAGAACGACUACCUUUAUCAACUGUGGCCAUGCAGCUCCGCGUAUUACAGGUUAAGCAACUUUAUGAAAAAUUUCGUUAGUGAACUUGUUCUUGAAAAAAAGAAGAUAUUUACACUCAGGAAGAACGAAGAUGAAGUAGAAGAUUAUUUAUAUGCAAAAGACGAUCGACCAAAGGCGAUGCUAGAAUCUUUCAUCGAGAGAGCAGAGUUUACUGAUGUAGAAAUGAACGAAGAGAUUCUGGUGCUAGUUUUGGCUGGGACUGACACGUCGGCAGUGGGCCUUGCCUUUGCCGUGUCGCUGUUGGCUCGACAUCAAGAUGUGCAGGACAAGUUGUAUCUUGAACUAAAAGAGUUCUACGGUGACUCGAGCAGACCAGUGAUGGGAGAAGAUCUGCCACAUUUAAAGUACCUCGAAGCUGUGAUCAAGGAAACCCUGAGGCUGUAUCCUUCUGUGCCCUUGAUCGCGAGGAAAAUCGAUCAGCAUGUUACACUCCCGUCCGGUAGAAACCUGAUUCCAGGGAUAGGGGUAUACAUAAACCUGUGGUCGAUUCACAGGAACCCCAGAUACUGGGGGUCUGACGCCGAGGUGUACAGGCCAGAGCGUUUUCUAGAAGGACAAGAAAUACACCCAACUGCCUAUAUGCCUUUCAGUCGGGGUCCUAGGAAUUGCAUUGGGUUUCAGUAUGCAACGAUGUCCAUCAAAACUGCUCUGAUAAACCUAGUGCUGAGCUUCAAGUUCGCGGCGCCCUCUGACAGCGAGAGCAAGAAUCUAAAAGUCAAAUACGACAUCAUGUUGAAGCACGUUGACAACUUCANGUCCGUGAAAAAUAUGCUAGCUCAAAUAUUUUUAGUGUCGGCAUUUAUAUGGAUGGCAAUGUUGUGGUGGCAGAACAGGGGGAAAAGGGAUUUGUGCAAAUACAUCAAAUCUGAUAUACCUUGCUACCCAUUCAUUGGAAUGGCAUACAAGUUUGCUGGAAGCAAUGAAGACAAGAUGAAAACAGUGAUGGACAUUGGUAGAGAAGCCAUUAAACACAAUGGCUGGACACACUUGUGGCUUGGAAUGCAGUUAUUUGCAGUGGCCUGUGAUCCCGCUGAAGUAGAAUUUGUUGUCAAGACUUAUCUUGAGAAAGACGACGUCCUCAAAUUCACGCAGAUGCUCAUAGGCAACGGCAGCAUCUUUGCCUCAGUGCCAAUAUGGAAGCCGCGCCGCAAGGUUCUGGCGCCGACCUUCGCACCGAGGAAGCUCAAUCAGUAUAUGCACGUGUUCCAAGAACAAGGAGCCGUGAUGGUGGAUGAACUCCGCAAGGUGGCUGAUAAGGGCAGCUUCUCGAUUUGGAAGUUCAUGACGACGUACACUAUGGACUCUAUUUGUGAAACUACACUUGGUUGCAAAUUGGGCGUCCAGAGGCAAGGAGACCACCCCUUCCUGCAAAAUUUGGCAGAACUGGCCGAACUAAUAGCCAAGCGCAUGCUGUCGCCUUGGCUGCACUUUGACUUCUCCUUCAAGCUCACCGGCCAUUACGAUCGGUGUAUGAGAUAUAUUAAUGCCAUCACUGACUUUGUAUCUAAGAUAAUAAAAUCAAGGAGGGCUGCGCUGAAGAAAAAUAAUAAUACGAGUAUAAGCGAUGAGUAUACUCCAAAACCAUUCUUGGACCUACUGAUCGAAUCGUCUGGUGGCGCGGAACACGGUUACACCGACAGGGAGUUGCUGGAAGAGUCUCUCGUGAUGCUGAUUGCCGGCAAUGACACUUCAGCAGUGGGGGCUUCGUUCGUAACCGUCAUGCUGUCGCAGCACCUUGAUAUGCAGGAGAAGAUUUAUAAAGAAAUACAGGAAGUAUUCGGUGAUUCGGACAGGCCAAUCACAGCCGAGGACCUACCUCACCUAAAGUACUUGGAAGCCUUCAUAAAGGAAACGCUUAGGCUGUACCCACCAGUACCAAUCACGGCAAGGAAAGCAGACAAAGAAUGCGUGACCCCUGCGGGCACAAAACUCAUUCCCGGAGUGGGCGUGGUGAUCCACAUGUGGGCGAUCCACCGCAACCCCCGCUACUGGGGUGCAGACGCCGAGGAGUUCAGGCCGGAGCGGUUCUUCGACAGCCCCCCGACCCACCCAGCUGCGUAUAUGCCGUUCAGCUACGGUUCAAGGAACUGCCUUGGUUACCAGUACGCGAUGAUGUCUAUGAAGACCAUCAUCACAUCACUCGUGAGGGAGUACAAGGUCCUGCCCGCUUCAGGGACCAGUAGUAAGGAGCCUCUGCGAUUACAAUACGACGUCAUGAUGAAACAUGUUGAUAACUACGAAGUCAAACUGCAGACCAGAAGUAAUUGAGGAGAAGGAA